GAGCACGUGGUGGAUGCUUCUGGAAGAUCGCUCCCUUUUCACGAGCCGCCUAGGCCAAGCAGUCUAGACUCCCUACCGGCGAAACAUCACUCCGUCGCUGGCUCUCUUGCUCCACUAUGUCGGCCAUAAAGUCCCUGAACCCGAAAGCCGAAGUGGCCCGCGCCCAUGCCGCCCUUGCGGUCAACAUCAGCGCGGCCCGCGGGCUCCAGGACGUGCUGAAGAGCAACCUGGGUCCGAAAGGCACCAUGAAGAUGCUGGUCUCCGGCGCAGGCGACAUCAAGUUGACCAAAGAUGGAAAUGUUUUGUUACACGAGAUGCAAAUUCAGCAUCCCACUGCAACACUCAUCGCUAAGGUUGCCACGGCGCAGGAGGACAUCACGGGAGACGGGACCACCUCCAAUGUCCUCAUCAUCGGUGAACUGCUGAAGCAGGCUGACCUCUACGUGUCAGAGGGCCUCCAUCCCAGAAUCAUCGCCGAGGGCUUUGAGGAGGCCAAGGGGGAAGCCCUGGCCUUCCUGGAGGAGUGA